GCUUCUGCUUCUCCGCCUUGGCUGGUCUUGUAAGAGAGAGCGAAGAAGAUGACAGAAAUCAGAGUGAUAUGGAGCGGCACAGUGCAGGCAGCGAAUCUGAAGGCCGAUGACGACGGCAACGACUCGGCUCACCCAACUUUGAUCGAGUUAUCUCCAUUGGAUCUGAGUCCCCUCCUUCGUGGUUCCAUCCAAAAAGGUCUUCUCUUUCGUAUCCCUCCGUCUCAUGACAAGUCCUCCGUCAUCACUAACCUCAGGCAAUCCCUUUCCUCCACCCUUGACUUCUUUCCUCCUCUUGCCGGACGUUUCGCCGUCGUCCAGCACCACGACGGCGGCGACAGUUCCUCUUCUUUUUUCAUCGACUGCAACAACGCCGGUGCCCUCUUUGUCGAAGCCGUCGCACCCGACACCACCGUCGCCGACAUCCUCGAACCCACCUACGUUCCCCACGUUGUCUCCUCCUUCUUCCCACUCAACGGUCUCAAGAACUAUGAAGGCACCACCAAUCCUCUGCUCGGCGUUCAGGUCACGGAGCUCAACGACGGGAUCUUCCUCGGCUUCACGAUGAACCACGCCGCGGUGGACGGCGUGUCGUUCUGGCACUUCAUCAAUUCCUGGUCUGAAAUCUCGCGUGGCUCAAACCAAAUCUCCAAACCGCCAUUGUUACAACGCUGGUUCCCUCCUGAUAUCACUCGUCCCAUUCGUAUCCCUUUCACCAUCCCCCCACGAGAACAACAGAAUCUAGCAGCUCUCAGCGAGCAGAGAUUGUUUCACUUUCCAAAAGAAAAAAUCGCAGAGAUCAAAGUAAAAGCGAACACAGAGGCCAACACCGACACAGUAUCUUCUCUUCAAGCACUUCUGAGUCAUAUUUGGCGAGCUGUGAUCCGAAACCAGAGCGUGGACCCAGAGAAGGAAAUGAGCUGCCUAUUAGGCAUAGGAACGAGAGGAAAAAUAACGAGACCUCCAUUACCAGAUAAUUACUUUGGGAAUGCAGUUCAACUUGCAGGAAGAGUGACGAUGAAAGCUGGAGAAGUGGUUGAUGAAGGAGGACUGGGAAAAGUUGCUUGGAAUCUGAAAAAGAUGGUGUCUUCGAACACAGAAGAGAAGCUCAGGAGCCGAGUGGACUCGUUUCUGAAGGAACCGAGGCUUCAAACACUGAGUGAAGUUCUUGAUGAUGCGUUGCUGAUAAGUAGUUCUCCGAGGUUUGAUGUUUACGGGAAUGAUUUUGGGUGGGGAAAACCAGUGGGAGUUCGAAGUGGAGCUGGGAAUAAGAGAUUUGGAAAGGUGACUUUGUUUGCAGGAGAAGAAGAAGGAAGUAUUGACAUUGAAGCUUGCCUUUCGCUUCCAUUAUUGGAGGCUAUGGGAAAUGAUUCUGAGUUCAUGGCUUUUGUUGCACACUAAUUAGAAUUUGAAUGUGUUGCUUAAACUGUAUGAUCUGCUUGUUUGUGAUCUGUGUAAUGAUAACUAUGAUGAUAUUUGUCCAGAAAAUCAUUGAUUAUGACAUCUGAAUUCUGAAACAUGACGGUAGUGGGGUCAUAUUAAUAUGUUGGAGCAUUGAUCUUUACCUAA